AUGGAGGAGCUUUUCGACCCAAAGUUGGGCUAUCCUAUCACCAAAACCGCGCUGGAAGCAAGGAACACUCGCAUUCUCCCCGAACGUCUUGGUCAGCGUAACAACACAAGCCCUAUAUUUAUCCCCACUAUCCCACAGAUGAUAGACGCAUUGCUGGAUCAGGAUAGAUAUCACCAUGAUCACGCGGGAGAUUCUAAUUUCAAUAUCUUAGCCAGCCAGCCGGCAGAGCAUAUUAUGGGCUCUGUACGAUCUCUCUACCUUGAACAUCCAACCCAGCAGCAGAAGGUCCUCCCACAUCUCACUAGUAAUAAUUUGUCGGGAAUGGAAGCCAAGCUUGCGGGAUUCAAGCUGAGGCCAGCAAUUAUGCUGGAUAAUCUGACUAGACUGCCAACGCCGAGUCCUUUACAAUAA